AUGGCGGAUACCGACUCGAUAGAUACACGUAUCCCCGACUCCUGCCCUGCCUCCAUCUCGGAAAUCCUCAAGCAUGCAUGGCACCACAACCUCCCGAGUCUCAAGCCUCUACUCAAUGUUCUGGGACGAGCCAGCGUCCAGGAGCCCACAACAGGCGAGACGCCCCUCCACGCCGCAAUUCGCGCCUGCAAAGCGUCCGACGAAAAGUCUCCCGUGACCGCCAAAGACGUUGUCGAGGAGCUCUUCAUGAGCGGCGCAAUUUGGAAUGACGUAGAUAAUAAUAAUGAAACACCAGGGUGUGUAGCGGCCCGAUUAAAGCAGAAGGACCUGUACGAGAUGUGUGUUGCGGCGGGCGUGCGAGCCGAGUUGCUAUUUGAAAUCCUCGAAGGCUACGAGGCACUUUCGUCGGCAGACGAGGACGAGGAGUUCGUAGACAUCCGGGGAAACGGCGACGAAAAUGCCGAGCAGGAUGACGAUGAAGUGCCAGAGCUAGUUAACAUACAAGAAACCGAGAUCGUCGACGAGAACCCCGAUCGCGCCUUCACGGCCCCGAAGCCUGUGGCUGCCACUAUCGACAGUGAGGAUUACCUGCGUUCGAACUUGACGUACUCCGAUGGGAAGCUAGUCGAUGCCGAGAAGAAUGGUGUUAUGAUGGCGUGGGAGACAUCCAUAAUGCGGGCUUCGGUGGACGCACUACUGCCUUGUCUCACAAGCGGCCGUCGCAUCUUGAACAUCGGGUUUGGGAUGGGCAUCAUCGACCAGAUGUUCCGCGACACGGAACCUGCGAAACACCACAUUAUUGAAGCGCAUCCUGAAGUGUUGGCAUACAUCAAUGGCCCCGGUUGCAAAUUUGGCAAGGAUUGGGAGGCCUCGAGUCCCUCAGAAGGCGCCUAUAAAGUAUAUGGCGGAAAGUGGCAAGAUGUCGUACCGAAAUUACUAGAAGCAGGAGAAAUGUACGAUGCGAUAUACUUCGAUACCUUUGGAGAAGACUACAGCCAGCUACGUAUGUUCUUCACCGACUACUUGCUCGGAUUACUCGAAGAAGACGGCAGGUUUGGAUUUUUCAAUGGUUUGGGCGCAGAUCGGCAGAUCUGUUACGAUGUGUACACGAAAGUGGUAGAGAUGCAUCUUAGCGAUGCAGGAAUGGACGUGGAAUGGCUGGAAAUGCAAGUCGAUAUGCAAGGCCUGGAGGCCGAGGGCAAAGGCGAGUGGCAAGGCGUCAAGAGGAGGUAUUGGACCCUCGACAAAUAUCGAAUGCCUGUCGCCACUUUCAUGGGUUGA